AUGUCAAAAAGUGGAAGUUUAUCAAGGAGUGAUAAUAGAGUGUCAUCGUCAUCGCUGCCACCGCAGACGUUGAGUCGGCUGAGCUUUUGCUCGCAGUUAGCAACUCACUAUUCCCCAAUUGUGUUCCCAGAGAAACGUACUAAGAAGCUGCAGGCUUCCUUUCGAUGUGACAAAGCCCCCGUCGCGAAUGAUCAGCCGGAUAAAUCGAAGUGUGACGAGCACCGGAUCGAUAUCCGAGAAGGGGAUGAAAAAUCUGAUUUGCUUGGUUAUGUGGUUCACUCAGGUAGGCUCAUUUUAGAUAAGAGAAAGAAUGUUCCCGCUAAUACUAAUGCUGCUGAUAUAGAGCAGAAUUCUGCCACUGAUGUUGCCAACCAAGAAGCUGUUGCUGCUACACUCACUAGCAAGGCAUUGGUUUGGGGUUCUGGUGUCUUGUCUCUUGAAGACGUCGUCUCGGUAUCUUACAAUGUUGGUGUUAGACAUUUCAUUGUGCAUUCUUAUCCUCUGAAAAAGGGUUCUUAUGGCCUUUCGUGUUUUAUUAAAUCAAAGAGAAGGCGAAAGGAUAAUCGUUUCGUGGCUUCUAGUGUAGAAGAGGCAGUUCGAUGGGUGCAAGAAUCCACCAAAAAUGCUUGGUAUAGAAAUUCCAAUGGAAUCAUACCAGCAGGUUCUGACAAUUCACUGGUUUGGACUGUUCUUGGAGUUAGAGAUCCGUUCUCCGCUGCAAUUUCUAUUGUUAAGGGAGGCCUUACUGCGACAGAUGUUUUUGCCGUUGAGUGGGUUCAGACCGGUAUUAUUCACUUUGGGAUGACGUGCUCCUAUUAUGGUUUUGCCAGUGAUGUGUUAGAACUUUCUGAGAAAUAUCAGAAACGAUUUGGUCCUCUGCGAUAUUUUGUUGCCGGGUUCCAAAAAUUUCUGUGGUUGCCGAAGUACAACUACGAAGUCGAGUACCUUCCAGCCGCAAAAGAGGAUCGAGGCAGUAAAAACUCUGCUGAUAGGGAAGUAGUUGACAUGUCAGACCUGUACACAGAUGUUAUGAGGAGGUCAAACACGGAUGGCAUUCCCAGAGCUUCUAGUUUAUCUAGUAUAGAUUCAAUAAUGAAUCCUAGUCGAUGUCUGGGGGGUGAGAUGGACACAUUUGGUACCACCCAUGUUGGCACCGAACCAUCUGAUUACGUGCGAGGCUUUGAUCCCAAGAUCAAAUGGCCAUCAUCUGGGCGAAGCAAUGUGGCAGCUGAGCCGGAGGUUAUUCAUCCCCAGUUACCACAUUCAACCACUCUAAACUGGCCUAGGACCAGAACAAAAUCCAGGACAGAUAAAGGAUGGAGUGGGUUAACGGCAGCAAAUGAUCCUUCUAGAUGUUCUCGGGGUAAUGCUGCAAUAAAUGACAAAGAGGAUAUAUCUUCUACAUUGUCCGAUCCAGGUCCAAUUUGGGAUGCUGAACCAAAGUGGGAUGCCGAGGUUAAUUGGGAAGUCGAAAAUCCAAUCGAGUUACCAGGGCCAUCAGAUGAUGUUGAAUCGGGUGGAAAUAAGGAAGCUGUACCAAGACUAAAAGAUAAAUGGGUUGUAACUGAGGGGCCAUUUCUCGGCAUCCUUGUGUGCAACCAUGCAUGCAGAACUGUGCAGAGUUCUCAGGUGGUGGCUCCAAGAGCCGAACACGACGACAACACCAUGGAUAUGCUUUUAGUCCACGGGAGUGGGCGACUGAGGCUGAUGAGAUUUUUCUUGCUGCUACAGAUGGGUAAACACUUUUCACUGCCAUAUGUCGAGUACAUUAAGGUAUAA